AUGGUUGAAGUGAAUUUAGUUCGACAACAUAAUGUUAAUAAUCUUUUUCAUGAUCCAGAAUUUCCAAAUAAUAAAUCUUCCUUAUAUUAUACACCUGGUUUCAAUCCUACACUUGAUAGUGUAAUAUGGAAACGACCUUAUGAAAUGUGUUCAAAUCCUCAAUUUAUUGUUAAAGAAGUAAAUCGAUUGGAUCUUGAUCAAGGUCAGUUAGGUAAUUGUUGGUUCAUUUCUGCUGUUAGUAUGAUAACACAAAAUGGCGCUAUUUUUGAACGUGUAUGUCCACUUAAUCAGACUUAUGACAAACAAUAUUAUGCUGGAAUAUUUCAUUUUCGAUUUUGGCAAUUUGGAAGAUGGAUUGAUGUUGUCGUUGAUGAUUAUUUACCAACAAUAAAUAAUCGUUUAGUUUUUUGUCAAAAUAUUAGAGAACCAAAUGAAUUUUGGGCUGCUCUACUUGAAAAAGCUUACGCCAAACUGAGUUAUUCUUAUGAAGGUACUGAUGCUGGACAAACUACUGAUGCUCUAAUCGAUAUGACUGGAGGAAUAGAAGAAUCAUUCAAUACAAAGGAUAUCAAGGAUAAAGAUCAAUUUUGGCAAACAAUAGGAACAGCAUUGAAACAUGAUGCAAUGAUUGGUUGUUUUAUUUCACCAGAUCCAAGCGAACAUGAAGCUAAAAUGGCUAAUGGUCUAGUGAAAGGUCAUGCUUAUGCUGUAACAGCUGCUGUUCGUAUUAAACUUACUAGCGGUGAAAUUGUUCAAAUAAUUCGUUGUCGGAAUCCAUGGGGUAAUGAAGUCGAAUGGAAGGGUGCUUGGAAUGAUGAGUAA